AUGGAUUCUUUCUUCUCAAGAAUAAAUAUUAUAUUUUGUUCAUUCAUUAUUUCGUUGGCAUGUUGUGCAGCUGGGAAUUUUGCAUCCUCAUUUAUCUACAGGGAAUUACCAAUAGGGAACGCCGAUUUACACUCUACUUUGGAUUUGGGAAUUAGUCCUUACUUAAGGAAUGAUCAAGCAAACAUUGCGCUCAAUAUUGAUACCGAACUUUCUAGUUCUUUGAACUGGAAUACAAAUCAGAUUUUUACUUUUAUAUAUGUAAGCUAUGAAAAUAAACACCAAAAUAAUUACGUGACCAUUUGGGAUGAUAUUUUUUCAAAAGAUAAAAAUAAAACGAGCUUUUCAAUAAAAGGAGUAAUAAAUAAAUACCCAAUAAGGGACAUUGGAAGAAACCUAAGAAGUAAAACUAUAAAUCUUAAUAUUGGAUUUUGUUAUAUGCCAGUUGUGGGAAACAUUAAAUAUCACCAUUUAAAAAUGUCUAACAGAAAAAAAUUACCUGGAAAUUAUUUUCAAUAUAAAUAA